CCGUAUCACUGCUCAGAGUGUGGGAAGAGUUUUACUAUGCAGAGUAAUCUCCAACGACACCAGCGCAUUCUUACAGGAGAGAAGCCGUAUCACUGUUCAGAGUGUGGGAAGAGUUUUACUACGCAGAGUAAUCUCCAACGACACCAGCGCAUUCAUACAGGAGAGAAACCGUAUCACUGCUUGGAGUGUGGGAAGAGUUUUGCUUACAGUAAUGCUCUUAAAGUACACCAGCGUAUUCACACAGGAGAGAAACCAUAUUACUGCUCAGAGUGUGGAAAGAGUUUUGCUCAACAGGUUAACCUCCAACAACACCAGCGUAUUCACACAGGAGAGAAACCAUAUCACUGCUCAGAGUGUGGAAAGAGUUUUGCUGAACAUAGUACCCUUCAAAACCACCAGCGUAUUCACACAGGAGAGAAACCAUAUAACUGCACUGAGUGUGGAAAGAGUUUUACUCAAAGUAGUGCCUUUAAAGUACACCAGCGUAUUCACACAGGAGAGAAACCGUAUUACUGCUCAGAGUGUGGAAAGAUUUUUGCUAAUGAAAAGAAUCUCAAACAACACCAGCGCAUUCACACUGGAGAGAAACCAUAUCAGUGUUCACACUGUGGAAAAAGUUUUAUUCAACAGAUUAAUCUCAAAAUACACCAGCGCAUUCACACUGGAGAGAAACCGUAUCAGUGCUCACAGUGUGGAAAGAGUUUUAAUAGACAGAGUGAUCUCAAAACACACCAGCGCAUUCACACUGGAGAUAAACCGUAUCAGUGCUCACAGUGUGGGAAGAGUUUUAAUCAACAGAGUUCUCUCAAAAGACACCAGCGCAUUCACACUGGAGAGAAACCGUUUCAGUGCUCACAGUGUGGGAAGAGUUUUAAUGCAAAGAGUGAGCUCAAAAUACACUUGCACAUUCAUAGUGGAGAGAAACCAUAUCAGUGCUCACAGUGUGGGAAGAGUUUUAAUACACAGAGUAAUCUCAAAAUACACCAGCGCAUUCACAUUGGAGAGAAACCGUAUCAGUGCUCACAAUGUGGAAAAAGUUUUAUUCAACAGAGUCAUCUCAAAAAACACCAGCACAUUCACACUGGAGAGAAACCGUAUCAGUGCUCACAGUGUGGAAAGAGUUUUAAUGGACAGAGUGAUCUCAAAACACACCAGCGCAUUCACACUGGAGAUAAACCGUAUCAGUGCUCACAGUGUGGGAAGAGUUUUAAUCAACAGAGUUCUCUCAAAAGACACCAGCGCAUUCACACUGGAGAGAAACCGUUUCAGUGCUCACAGUGUGUUAAGAGUUUUAAUGCAAAGAGUGAGCUUAAAAUACACUUGCGCAUACAUAGUGGAGAGAAACCAUAUCAGUGCUCACAGUGUGGGAAGAGUUUUAAUACACAGAGUAAUCUCAAAAAACACCAGCGCAUUCACACUGGAGAGAAACCAUAUCAGUGCUCUCAAUGUGGAAAGAGUUUUAAUCAACAGAGUGCUUUCACAUUCCACCAGCGUGUUCACACAGGACAGAAACCAUAUUACUGCUCAGAGUGUGGAAAGAGUUUUAUUCAAAGUAGUGACCUUAAAGUACACCAGCGUGUUCACACAGGAGAGAAACCGUAUCACUGCUCAGAGUGUGGGAGGAGUUUUGCUCAACAGGGUCACCUUCAAAAACACCAGUGUGUUCACACAGGAGAGAAACCAUAUUACUGCUCAGAGUGUGGAAAGAGUUUUGCUCAACAUGGCACCCUUCAAAAACACCAGCGUAUUCACAUAGGAGAGAAACCAUAUCACUGCUCAUAUAUGGUAGCAUUGUUAGGGGGUCUGCGGCGUCUGACGGACUUACCACCUGUCCUCGGCGUCGCAGACAUUACAGAACAAAGAGCAGCGUGGCUUCAUAUAGGAAGCCCGCUGAUUAGGGCGAACGACCGGCACCUGCGCGCUUACUAUAUAAGUGGGCGUCGCCAGUGUGCCGGCGUCGCACCUUUUGUUCUCAUGCCGGUGUUUGGCUGCAUUGCUCCAGCCGCUUUCUUUCCUUCAGAUUACUGUCGGCUAAAGCUAACGCCGGGGAUUCGCUUCCCCGUGCUUUAUAGCGCUUUCCGGCUCGGGGAUCUUUGUAGCGUCAUUGGCGCUUCCCGUCUGAGCCGCGCCUCCACCGGAGCGACCAGGGUUCGCGUCCGGAGUUCGCUACGUUAUUGCGAACUAGUUUUUUUGUAUACGGUCACUUCCCAGCUGCGCUGGUGA